AUGGCGACAAACGAAAUCUCCAAGAAUCUGUAUGCCAACUUGGGUCGCAGUGGUCUCAGGAUCUCGAAAGUUGUCCUGGGCGCCAUGUCUUACGGCACCCCGGACUGGCAGGGCUGGGUUCUCGACGAGGCUCAAUCGCUGCCACUUCUCGAGUACGCCUAUAAGGCUGGAAUCCGUACCUGGGACACGGCAAAUAUCUAUUCGCAUGGUCGAUCAGAGGAGAUCAUCGGCAAAGCCAUCAAGCAGUUCUCGAUCCCACGUGAGAAACUUCCCGAGCCUUCCACUGUCAAUGACGGCGAGAUGCUCAACAUGACUGGACUGUCUCGCAAACAUAUCCUUGAUGCGGUUGACAAGUCUGUGGCGCGAUUAGGGACCUACAUCGACGUUCUGCAGAUUCACAGGCUUGACCGCUCCGUCCCACGAGAGGAGAUCAUGCGAGCCCUGAAUGAUGUUGUGGAGAGCGGCAAAGUACGGUAUAUCGGUGCAUCAUCCAUGGCGGCAUGGGAGUUCCAGGAACUGCAGUAUAUCGCUGACAAGCACAAUUGGCACAAGUUCGUCUCCAUGCAGGAUUACUACAACUUGCUGUACCGUGAAGAGGAGAAUGAGAUGAUACCUUACUGCAAGCACGCUGGCAUCGGCUUGAUCCCGUGGUCUCCUGUGGCCAGAGGUGCCUUGACUCGGCCGUGGAAUGAUCGCGCCAACUCUCUGCGUGAGACCAAAGACGCAGCGCUGAACAAGCUCGUGAGAGGUCGGAACGAUAAGGUCGAUGAAGAGAUUGUGGGACGAUGUCAGAAGGUGGCAGAGAAGAUUGGAAAGAGUAUGGCGCAGGUCGCGAUUGCUUGGUGCCUCAACCAUGGUACAUGUCCGAUCGUGGGACUGAACAAGAAGGAGAGGAUCGACGAAGCGGUAGCAGCAUGUGACAUCGUACUUCGCGAUGAAGACAUCGCUUAUCUCGAAGAGCCAUAUAUGCCAAAGAAGAGGCAAGGAUAUUGA